UUUCACCUCAAAAGUUGCUUCUCGAAGCCGCGAACCAGAACCACCAUCUCGUCGGUCACAAGAGGUCACAACCAAGACAGAGCUCGUCACCGUUCCUGCUCCCCCGGCGACACCAAUUUCACCGGCGUGGCGCUUAUUUCAGUCGAAUUCUAUUAAUUUAUCGAUCAUCGAAGAACGAUAUAUUGCAUAUUGAAAGUUGAUCAUCAUGCCUCCGAAGCAGCAAUCGAAGGCGGAUUUGGCUAAGAAGCAGAAGAUAAUCGAGGACAAGACAUUUGGAUUGAAGAACAAAAAUAAGUCGAAGAAUGUUCAGAAAUAUGUGCAGUCUCUCAAACAGUCUGUUCAGCCCAAACCUGACCCGAAGAAAGUUGACGCAAAGAAAAAGAUAGAGGAAGAGAAGGCUAAAGAGAGGGAGCUCAAUGAGCUUUUCAAAGUUGCUGUUAAACAGCCUAAAGUUCCUGUUGGUGUUGAUCCCAAGUCGAUUGUGUGUGAACAUUUUAAGGUGGGGCAAUGUGCAAAAGGGUUUAAAUGCAAAUUCUCUCACGACUUGAAUGUACAGAGGAAAGGAGAGAAGAUAGAUAUCUAUACUGAUAAGCGCGAUCAAGAAACAAUGGAGGACUGGGAUCAAGAGAUGCUGGAGAAGGUCGUUGAAUCCAAAAGCAAGGAGUAUAACAAGAAUAAGCCUACUGAUAUAGUUUGUAAAUACUUUCUGGAAGCAGUGGAGAAAAAGCAGUAUGGUUGGUUUUGGGUCUGCCCAAAUGGUGGUAAAGAUUGUCAUUAUAGACAUGCACUUCCUCCUGGAUAUCUCUUAAAAUCGCAGAUGAAGGCUCUUUUAGAGGAGGAAAGUGAAAAAAUACCGAUAGAGGAAGAGAUAGAAAACCAGCGUGCAAAAAUAAGUACUGCAACUCCCAUGACUCCGGAGCUAUUUAUGCAAUGGAAGAAGAAAAAAGUUGAGGACAGAGAAGAACGGUUGGCGGCACAGAGUGCGGAUAGAGCUAAGAAUGACCGCAUGAGUGGUCGAGAGUUGUUCCUUUCGGACUCUAGCAUAUUUGUUGAUGAUGUUGGAGCCUAUGAUAAAUACCUAAGAGAAGAGGAACCUUUUUCCAAUGAGAAGUAUACUUGCAGUAGACUCCGUUUGUAUUUAGUCUGUGCUGGGCAGAAUCUAUGGGAUGGGAGUAUCUCACUUCAUGUCAACAAAGAUCUCCUUGUUGAUAGGCCAGCUUCAUCUGCAUCCACUAGGCCAAGCUCUUCUGCAUCUACUACACGUGGUGCAGAAAAUGAUGCCGAUGACAAUGUUGACGAUCUGGAUGACAACGACGAUCUUGACAUUGAUGAGUUGAAUGAAUUGGAAGCUAGCCUGACCAGAACAACAUUGACAAUCAACGAGCCAGGCAACACAGCUUGAGCCAGCCUGGGUUAAACAAUUACAUUAUUUUGCUUGCGCCUGAGGAUACCGAUCCAGUGAAGUCAAGUCAACUACAGCCAUGACUCGGAAGUUGUUGACAAGGGACAAGUUAGUGUUUCUUCCCUAUAUCAUCCACUACUUGUAUGUAUCUAGUCGAGUCGAGUCAAGGUGAGUGUGUUCUAUAUCAUUGAGGAUUUAGGUUUAGCUUCGAGCUGCAGUGCCAGUAGGAGCUUAUAUUAUAUUAUACUCCAUAUAACUUGAUACAAAUUCUAUUAGGUUAGGUCACAUAACAGAUGAUUGAUUAUUUGGGAAUCUCUGUUGUCUCAUAUUUAUUAUCUCCUGUGGGUAAUAAAUAAAUGUUGUCAGUGGUAUA